GGCUUCCUCCUGGGCUCCUGACUUUGCUGGGGAAGAGGCGCCGGGCGCUGGAGACUGAGGAUGCCCCAAAGGCUGCCAAAGGGGGCUAGCCAAGAUGGGCUCUUAUUUUGUGAAUGCAACAUUUCAUUCCAAAAUAACAGAAGCAGCUGAUAUUAUUGUUGGCAUCUUUUAUAUUGUAUUUGGCAUAUGCUCCUUUUGUGGGAACAGUAUCCUCCUCUAUGUUUCCUACAAGAAAAAGAACCUAUUGAAACCAGCAGAAUACUUCAUGAUCAACCUGGCCAUCAGUGACCUUGGUAUGACUCUGACCUUGUACCCUCUAGCUGUUACAUCCAGCCUCUCACACAGGUGGCUGUUCGGUCAACAUGUUUGCUUAUUCUAUGCAUUUUGCGGGGUGUUCUUUGGAAUCAGCAGCCUUUCUACACUAACAUUACUAAGUACAGUGUGCUGCCUAAAAAUUUGUUUCCCAGUUUAUGGGAAUAAAUUUAGGCGAGAACAUGGUUGGAUCUUGAUAGCCUGCUCUUGGGUCUAUGCAGCCAUUUUUGCCCUUUCCCCACUAGCUCACUGGGGAGAAUAUGGAGCUGAACCUUAUGGCACAGCAUGUUGCAUUGAUUGGCACUCAUCAAACAUAAACAAGACAGCCAUGUCUUACACCAUUGCCCUCUUUGCCUUCUGUUUCAUUAUCCCCUGUGGAAUAAUUAUUACAUCCUACACUCUUAUUUUGAUUACCGUGAAGGAAUCCAGAAAAGCAGUGGAACAACAUGUCUUGGGACCCACCAGGAUGAGCAGUGUGCAGGCCAUUACAGCCAAGUUGAGCAUUGCUGUAUGCAUUGGAUUUUUUGCUGCCUGGAGCCCAUAUGCUGUCAUUGCAAUGUGGGCCGCCUUUGGAUCAAUUGAAAAGAUUCCUCCACUGGCCUUUGCUGUACCAGCUGUAUUUGCAAAGUCUUCAACACUCUAUAAUCCAGUGAUGUACCUUGUUCUAAAACCCAAUUUCCGGAGCAUCAUUGCCAAAGAUCUUGCAGUACUCCAACAGUUAUGCAUCAAAAGUUGCUUUCGUCCCAGACGUGCACAAAACUGCAAGUACAGAUCAGUUCUUGAGGUUCCACUAAAAUCAUUUAAAGGAAGAAAUGAGGCAAGCAGUAACUCUUUGAAAACAGUGGAAGACUGUUCAUAUUUUCCUUGUGAAAAGUGCAAUGAUCCCUUUGAAUGCUUCAAGAACUAUCCAAAAUGCUGCCAAGAGAGGUUAAAUGCUAUGGAGCAUACUCCUCACGAAAGCAUAUCCUUGGAAAAUAACAUUCAGUCAAAAACAAAACAUGCUUCUGAAAAAUAUAUAAAGGUUUUGAUCAGGGGAGAAAAAAACACUGAUAUUGAUGGUUUGGAAAUAACAUUAGAACACAUACCUACAGAUGCUAGAUUUGCCAACCUUUAGCAUAUAUUUUAGAUUUUUUGGCAAUAGUUUAAUUGCACAGACUGAAUGAAUGUAAAACUUUUAUAAACACUAUCAAUUUUAUAGUUAUUUUCAUUUCCUUUGCUGUCCAUAGGAAGAUGAACCAAUGCAACAUUAAUAUGUUAAAAUAUGUUUUACUUUUGCAAUACGCUUAACAUACCUAUGAGCUUUCAGAACAAAUUAUACUACUGCAUUUCAUUUGUUUCUGACUUUAGAGUUUCAGAUGUUACUAUGCCUCAUGAAACCACUUCAUACUCAUGAGUCCUUCUAUAAAAUAAUUACCCUUUAAAUUCUUGGUGUAUGUAUUUUGUAUAGUUAACAAAAAACAUCAUGAACACCUAGAGGGUUUUUUAGAUAAUAAUAUGAUGCUGACUUAACUGAUAUUGUCAUAAAAAAUGUAUGUUAAUUAUCCUUCCCCUCCUGCUGGAAGCUGUGGACAGCUCUUUAACCUUCAAAUUGGGUUAUGUCCUUGCACGUUUCUUUCUAAGUCCAGGGAGGGAGAAAUGUUUCUUUAUGUAGUACAAAGCCAUGUUGCUCCCCCCCCCCCCCCAGACAGGUCCCCAUACAGGUAGGCACCCCAACCUGUCUUUUCAAAAUCAAGUUUAUAAUGGGACCAAUUUUUCUUGUGGCUAUGAACUUCUAAGACGCAUUUGGGGUAGUACUUUCUCUUUAGUAAGCUACAGAUUACACUAAGAUAGAAAAGCGGCAUGGUGGUGAUGGUGGUGGUAUAUGACUUGCCCCACAACAGAGUCCAGAAAUUGAGCCACUUUAGAGGACAAAGUGCAGAAUAUUUCAGGUAGGCUAUAGCCAGGAUAAUUGCUGAUACAUAUUAAAAAGGAGCAUUUUAUACACCACAUAGAAAUCUGUUCCCUGUUGCUAAAUAUUUUCAUUCAGGUGGUGGUGGGUAAUGGUUGGUUGCCAUCAAAUCUGCUUUAAUUUAUGGUGACCCUAUGAAUGAGAGAUCUCUAGGACACCCUGUCAUCAGCAGCCCUGCUCACAUCCUGCAAGCUUAGGACUGUGGCUUCCUUGAUUGAGGCUAUCCACCUAUAAUGUGGUCUUAAUGUUUUUUACUGUCUCCUGUUUUACUAAACUUUUUUUUUCUAAUGUGUCAUGUUUUCUCUUAAUAAAAACUGGAAUAUUGCAUGCAUAAUAGAUAAAUAUUAUUUUUAAGAAGCAACCACCACCAAAAAGAAAGGAAAUGGAUUAUAAAUCUUAUGCUGAAAGAAACUACUUAAAUUUAAAGGUGCCAGAAUACUCCUUACAUUUUUAUAAUGAAAUAGAUGAAC